CCCCAAUUGAGAAUAGAGGAUGGUCCUUAAUUUAUUGUUUGAUUCAUUUUAGCAUUCAGUAGUCUCCACCAGUGCUGUCUUCCAUUGAAUUUCUUUUUUAGCAGCACAUGUUAUUCUCUGCGAUUCCUGAUAUAUUGUAGCACCAACAUCAGCUUUGCCUUAACUUCCUAGAGCUGCGCAGUUUAGUUGCCACUGCAUCUUCAAGUGCUCCAUGCUUAAUUUUUCGCUUGUUUUUAUUAAUUAAAAUAUAUACUCCUAUGCAUCACAGUGUCGUGUCAUAUAACAUAACUCUGAUAUGCUCUGUUUUCGAUGGACAUCGGUUUCUACAAUCCUCGAAAGGAUUCUAAGGUACUGAAUAUCACAUGCCGUCAAGAAAACUCUAGGAAUUAAUCAUUUACUCCAGGCGGAUGUCGAUCUCAAUGUUGUCAUUUAGAACUAGUGUACAACAUAUUAACACUUCGAAGAACAAGGUGAUAUACACCAACAAAGCUACCAGGUAAGUUUGAUAACUAUUCACUGCAACAGACUUUAUGGCAUGAUACAAUAGUCAAUAUUCAUUUACACUGAAGAUAUAAGAUACAGAAAUACAGUACAUUUUUUUUCUACUAGUUAACUAAUCUUCAAUCUCAGAAGCAAUGCUCAGGGAGCACCUUAAAUUUCCUCAAAGUAAUUGGGGCUUUUGUUGUUUAUGUUCCCAGUUUUCCUAGCUCUUCUAAGCAUGGCAAGUCGUUCUGCUACCUCCUUCAUCUCUGGACGAUCUUCUACAACAUUUGCUAAACACUUUACAGCCAGUCUUCCAAUCCCUUCCAGUAUGUAAGUAUCUUCUUCAGUUGCAAUAUCUUUGUCAAACAUUGCCUCUCCACUGUUUUCUUUCUUAUAAACAUCACAGAAGUCAACUAUGAGCCUAUGAUUUCCAUCAUACACAAUUGGCUUUCUGGUGAUGAGUUCCAAGAGUACAACUCCAAAGUUGUAAACAUCACUCUUCUGUGUUAAUUGUCCCGUUUCACGGAACAUCGGGUCUAUAUAUUCCAUGCUGCCUACAACAAGCCCGGUGUGAUUUUUGUCCUUUGUAAGAAACUUUGAUGUCCCGAAAUCCGAGAUUUUUGGCAUGUUCUUUUCAUCUAAAAGUAUGUUGGCUGGCUUGACAUCCCCAUGCCGGAUGGUACGACUUGUUGAUGAGUGCAUAUAAGAUAACCCUUCUGCAGCACCAAUUGCAAUAUCCAGUCGCAGGUCUAGUGGGAAAUUAGAGAGGUGAGUGUUACCAUGGAGAAUGUCUUGCAGACUCCCAUUAGCAGCGAACUCAUACACCAACAUUGGAACAUCCACCUCCAAGCAGCAGCCGAUGAGUUUGAUGAUGUUCUUGUGGAUCAUCUGUGACUGGAUUUCCACUUCCUUGGUUUCUCAGAUCGAAUUGAGGAUCAAGUGCAGGUAGCGCCAGAGCAGGACGUCAGCAGUGAACUUUCGGGCAAAGGUGUCUGGUUGAGGCCGAAUUUCGUGUUUUGACCCUUUUGGCAUACAAAUUCGGGAUUUGACCCCUGUUUGAUUUUUUUUCCGGGAUUUUACCCUUUUUCUUACCGCCAGAGGCUCCGGCGGUUGGGUUACAUAGCCUACCGCCAGGGGCCCUGGCGGUAGGCUACUUAUCUAUGUCAGCCUCACCAAACGGCUGCCGUUUCAUGCCGUCGACCCUACCGCUAGGACACCCAGCGGUAGGGUGUGCAACCCUACUGCCAAUGUCCGUGGCGGUAAGUGCCGAACGGUUGUAAGCCCGCAGGGGCCGGCUCGUGGGGCCCAUCCACGAACCCAGCCCCCAUCUUCUUCUCCCGUGCCGUCGCCCGCAAGAACAUAGAGGGGAAGGCCUCUCUCAUCCCCUCCACUCAUCCCAUCCGAUCUUCUUCGUUUGUGAACGGUUUUUGCGGAUCGAGAUGGCUUCGAAACGAGAAAAGAGGCCCCCCAUUGGUCCGGCGAUCGCACUAAUUACAUUAUGCUUGACCCGGCAUUCGACAACGGUCAUCGCGCCCGUUACAUCGAGAGCGGAGUGGUAAAUAGCACUGAUCAACAUGUUGCAUCACAAUUUUGCCUUUUCAAAAGUUUUUUCUAACUAUUUUCGUGUGCACAUUGACAAAUGCUUCCGCCCUUACGUAUGAGGGGCCACACCAAGGUCAAAGAGAUGAACUAUGACAACCGCUACAAGCCAUAUUACAGGAGAGCCGGGCUCGUGCUCCAGUUCAAGCGUAUGCCGCUGAUGCUUGUCCACACGGCUCUCACAUCGUUGGUGGACCGUUGGCGGCCCGAGACACACUCUUUCCAUCUCCCAUGUGGUGAGAUGACGGUGACGCUCGAGGACUUCGCCAUGAUCACGGCCCUACCGAUCAAGGGCCAUGCUCUCAUUGGGUGCGUGGAUAAGAAGAACUGGCCGGACAUGGUUACCGCCCUCGUCGGCGACUGCCCUCCCAUCAAGAGUAACCGAACAUCCGGUUCAGCACUGACAUGGCUCCUAGACCACCGGGCUGAAUGCCCGCAAGAUGCGGAUCCGAGGACCGUGGAGCAGUAUGCAAGGACCUACCUGUGGUUUCUUCUCACAGAGGUGGUCUUUCCUGACUGCUCGGGGGACAACGCCCUAUGGAUGUACCUGGACUUCCUGGCCGACUGGGAUGCAGGGUACAGCUGGGGGUCUGCUGGCCUCAUGUACCUCUAUCGUUCACUGGAUGACGCAACGCAGAGGACCGAGAAAACAUCUGGGAUGUGUGGGUGUGUCUGGGCCCUCUCGAUUUGGAGUUGGGAGCGGCUGCCGGUUGGUCGCCCUGAGAAGCUGCCACAGACAGAGUGGACGGAGUAUGGCGAGGAUGGCGACCGUUCUCGAUACCCUACUGUCGCCUAUUCUUGGGACAAGGUUAAGGUCUUCUCGGGCAAGGAAAGUGCGAUGUACAAGGCCUUCACCAACGAGCUGGACAACCUGACAUCUUUUCAGGUUAACUGGUGGCCGUACCACGAUAGAGCUUGGGGGUUCGAGCUGAACGAGAUGUGCGAGCGGGACCGCCUUCUCUUCAGGUGCAUUGUCCCGCUGAUAUGCGUGUACGCCGUCGAAUGGCACCUACCACAACGCGUGGCGACACAAUUUGGCGUAUUGCAACACACACCACCGGCAAGGCCCCACGACACCGGCGGUUACGACCUUCACAAGAAGAGCAGUCAGUAUUCUCAGUCGAUAUUAGACUGGGCUGACGAGCACAAGUCUUUUGUGACAAUGUGGGAUGAGAGGACGUUCCGCAAAUAUGGGGAGAGGUCAGGCAUUUGCUGGAAUGUGUAUGAGAGGCACAUGAAUUGGUAUGCGCCCCUUAUGAACAGAGUGGCCGCAGAGCUAAACAGAAACAUUUUCGACGGCUCGAAUGCGCUAAGUUCUGACCCUGGAACCAUGGAGGGUGACAACAAGCUGAGGGAAGCGACGAAGAAGAUCAUUAACCGUUGCCGCAAGCUAGCGGGCAUGCUUGGGUGCGCCGCCUUGGUUGACGUGCAUGUUCCUCCUCCUGGUGGGUCGACACGUGCCCUAGCUUCAUCAAGCCACACGGGAGGAGGUUCCUCGAGCCAGGCCGCCUCGUCGUCUCGCCUUGUUAACGAGACCGAGGAAGAAGAGGAAGUGUACGAGGAGGAAGAGGAAGAAGAGGGAGAAGAGGAAGGAGGUGACGACGAAGAAGGUGAUGAGGAGGAGUACAACGACGAUGAUGGACCUCAACUGACUCAGCCAACCCAGCCGGACGAGGGCCGCUCGAAGACAAACGAGGAGGAGCAUGCCGCCAAGAGGGGGAGGGGGAGGAACUAGUGAUGUUGAACUUGCUAAGUUAAAGUAGUUGUCUUAUGUUGAACUACUUGGUGUCCUGUUAUUGCUACCUAUGUUAGUAGUUGAACCUAUUUUGAUAUGUUGAACUUAAUGGAUACAUCAAUUUUACUAUCUGUAAGUGUGAGGUUAUCAUAAUUUCAUAUGCAAACACUUUUUGCUGC